GCGGUGACUCAAACAGAGAGAGAGAGAGAGAGAGAGAGAGAGAGAGAGAGAGGAAAGAAGACAGCUCAUAAGCCCCUCCAAUGCUCAUCCAGCUGGCUUAAGGUUGUCCUCACUCACUCACUGAGAGCGGCUUCGCACAGAAUGGUUUUCACUUCAGCUCCACGACGACCGCGCUGGAGCUGCAGCCGCCGCUCAGUGGACGAGCGUCGCUCCGUUUGGAUUAUUUCCCAGAGCAGCAACCGUUGUGAUGAAUGGGAGCAGUGGCACACAGAGGAAAGAUGAACCGUGACUCUCUGGAGGGCUCCAUUCAGAACCUGCUGUCUGCGCUGUACCCGCCCUUCGAGGCCACCGCUCCCACGCUCCUCAGCCAGCUCUUCCAAAUCAUCGACAGCCGCUAUCGAGGAGACGCCCUACGCUGCCUGCUGGACUUCCUGGUUCCGGCAAAGCACAUCUUAGAGGCUGUGCAGCAGGCUGCGUGUGCUCAGUACUCAGACGUGCUUUUCCUCUGUGAGGGCUGGCCGCUGUGCUUGCGUGACCAAGUCGUGAUCCACCUCGCUCCAAUCAGCCCGCUUCUGCUUCGGCCGGGCGACUUCUACCUCCAGGUGGCCCCGUUUUGUGAGCAGUCGGCUCGCAUCGUGGUCUGCAGUCUCCUGGCGGAGGAGGGUCUCAGGGUGGAGGUCGUUGAGGAGACCCCGAUCCCUGAAACCUCCUAUCCCUGUAUAUUCAGCUGUGAAUGGUUGGCGGAGGUCAACCAGGGUCGCCAUGGGUCACCUCUCAGCCGGUGCCUGCUGGCCUCUGAGCAGGGCGUGGUGAGGUUGCCAUGGGAACGGGUGGCCCUACCUAGUUUUGUGGAUGUGCCACAGUGUGCUGGGAGUAGUAUGGCCUCUGUUCCUCCUUCGCAUCCUCAUUCACCACCACCACCACGCCCUCUCUGUCCAUCUCCAACUCGCUCCUUUUGUCUCGCUCCAUCAUUAGACUCGGCAGCAAAGCUGUGUCCCAAAACCAUUGAAAGCUCAAUAUUAACGUCCUCCUCACAUUCAUCUACCUUCUCUGUGGAGACCAGAAUAUGUCCAGCGAAGCACGGCAUCGCUGUCUCGCUCCGCCUAGUGGACACUAGUGCCACGUCUGCAUCCGGACUGGUCAAAGCGAAGGAGACUGAGGCCGAGCAUAAGCCCAUAGGUUGGGUGACUCCUAAUAUGUGGGACAGCCGCUUUACCGGCACGGAUGCGAGUUCAAAGACUGCUAAAACAAACACAGCUUCCAGCAAAUGCACGGCUGCAAAUGCAAACACGAAGGGCUUAGAAAGAAGUGUUCAGGUCCCUGAAAACGCAGGACCAGAACCUGGAGACUCCAGCGUCAGCAGAAGUGGACGAACAGGCGACGCUGCUGCAGACGCAGAGUAUAUCGAUGUAUUUCAGGCAAGCCUGCUUUUUGGCACAGCUCAUUCGGGGACAGGGGAGGAACAAAUAUCAAACGAGCACAAGCAAAUGCAAAGGUAUCCACCAAGACAGGCGCAAAUGCACCCGCGUGCAGUGGAGUUGCACGGACGAGCGCAUAUGCAGCCAAACGCAGAGAUUCCCCCCCGAGCUCAGGUGCCGGUAUCUGAUGAAACCGCUCCUCACUGCUCCCAGCUCCAUCACAACCACAACGAUUCCUGUGAAACCUCCCCGUGCGUCCGCACCGUCCGCUUCGCGGAGAAGCCCUGCACCCCCUGCACGAGGAGGAGGCAGGUACAGGACAUUACCAAAGAGCAGGAUAUGAGGUGUCGGUACAGGGACUCCUACCAGGCCGCCAUUAAGAACCCUGUCAGCUUCGGGCAGGAACAAAAGGGCCACAUGUUAGCGCUGGCGGAGGAGGACGGCGACUCCUUCCUGUGUGAUGGAGGACAGAGGCCUCCAGGGGGUGAAACAGGCGAUCCGCGGCGCGAUCCCCCUGUCAGCGCAGCCCCCUGUAAGGAGUCGGAGGAGAAGAGGACCGCUCCAUGUUGGAAAGCAGGGGGCGUAAAUGGCACCAGUACGGAGCACGGGAAGAACUGUGGGCCUGAAGAACAGCCAGGAUCCGAACAUUAUUUACACAGCGCCACCGGGUCGCAAACAGAAGCAGGAGCACAGAUGAACACCAGCACAGCUUUGUCAAGCUCAGAUGGCGCCAAACGGUCCGAUGCCAAGCCUGGACCUUCAGGGAUGAAGCCUCAGACAGGGCUUCCACGCAGAACCAGUUCCACGGCGCCUCAGAGCCGGCGAGAACCGGCAUCAGAGAGGAGAUGCUCGUCCCUCUCCACGGCGGUGGUGGAAACCUCGGAGAGGUGUGAACUGGUCCUUGUGGAAGGUCAGAAGGUCCGGAGGAGAGGGAAUACCGGCGUCGCUGCCGAGAUUCCGCAGCUGCAUGUGGUCAAAUGCAAAAAUAGCACAGCCUUCGGACUGGUUUCACCCAAGAUCAGCAGGAGGAGGGUGGUCGUUCCAGAUGUCCCUCAGCCCAGUUUAGCUUCCAUAACCAGCGGAUGUCGCAUGGAGGACCCGUCACAGCCAGAUCAACCUGCAGCCGCAGAGACGCAGAAGAUCCUCCAAGCUGCUCCUGCUCGUCCCAGACCCGACCACCUCCCCCUGGGAUCCCCCGACCCCGGAGCCCACCCUCUGGUUGUGGGAGUGGCGGCUCUCACAGGCGGUAGAGACAGAGCAGGCAGGCCAGUACUUGAGCUCUAUGGAGACCACCAAGGAUGGAGAGCGGAGGCUACGAGCUGGGACCUCUUCCAGAUGCUGCUCUACUUCUACUCUAUCACCAGGAAAGAAAUCCGAAAAGGUGGAAUGACGCUGGUUUUCGAUGCGAGGAAGACCCUUCCUCAGCCGCAGCUCUACAAGGCCUUGAUGUCGGCUCAGGAGCAAACUCCCCACACAAUAAGCAGCUUAGUCCUGCUGGUGGACAAGGAGAGCGUCCUCCGACCAGAGAAAUGUCCUGGGAUCCAGAGCGACGUGGUGACGUCCAUGAAAGCUCUGUUUAAGCUGGUGGAGGUGAGUCAGCUGAGCGCUCGUCUGGGCGGCACACUGUCUCACAGGCGCUGUGACUGGAUGGAGCUCCACCAGAGACUCUUCCCAUUUGUGUGCAAUCUUCAUGAGGCAUCCAACCUGCUGCUAAGAGCCAUCAGGAAUUUGGAGGAGCCACGGAGGACGGACACUGUCCAGACAGUGCAGCAGUGCAUGACAGAGCAGAGGACUCUGAUGAGAGAUGUCCUGGAGGACCACAGACUGGUCCGACUGCAGAGGGACGGGGGGUCCAUCCUGGCCCGACUGAGGAAGGAGAGUGACCUCAAAUACCCACACUGUGAGCAUCUCAGCGACGCCGUGGACUCUGUGACCAGCCUGUACAACAGUGUGGAGCAGCAGGCUCACGUCCUCGUUCAGAGGUCCAACAUGUCACUGGAACAGUUGGAGUACCUACUGCAGGUCAGGGAGAUGGAGGAACACUUCACCCAGAUGCAGCAGUGGUUCAAGGUGGAGGGAGACCGUCACCUGCUGGAGGCCGAAUCCGUCAACGACUCUGGAGACAGGAUGGAGCAGAUCCUCAACAGCUUCACCGCUUUCCUUAUCGAGGCUAAUGACCGAAGGCAGCACGCCAUGUCUUUGGUGUCCGAGGCAGAGAGGCUCCAGGGCCGUGGGGCCUCUUAUCCAGAGACGGAGGCUUUUAGGGAUCUAGUCUGCACCUUCAAGUCCAGCUUGGAGGACUUCCUGUGCAGGGCAGAGGCAUGUGGCCGGGAGCUGCAGAUCAUGGUCAACGUGUGUGACUUCUGUGAGCAGGCCACAGCUCUGGCUUGUGAAUGCACUGACUACCUCAACCAGAGUCCAUCCAGGAUCCACGCUAUGCAAGAUGAACAUACAUGUACCAAUCAGCCUGCACAGGAACAAGUGCAGGAUCCUGGACCAAACUCUCCAUCGCUCUGCACGUCUGACAUCAGUGCAGCACACGGCUUCGUCCCAGCCCCAACAAGCCUUCCAUCGCCAGGCCAUGACAGCUCCGUCCUCAAGACGUUCCAGAGCAGAUUCCUUCAGUUCAGCCCCGAGAGGUUUCAGGAGGUGAAAGCCCAGGCCAGCACCCUGCAGGGCUCCAGGGGGAUGCGGGUUUGGAACGCAGCCUGGCUGACGUGCCAGGAGGCCAGGCAGCAGCUGCAGGAGAGACUGCAGGACGCGGAGGCGUUUUACCACCAGCGGCCGGACUCCGGUGGGUGCGAGUGCCAUUAUGUCGACGUGAUGAGCACCAACGUUCAGACGUCUUCACCCGGGGGCCAGAGUUUGGUGGUGCAGUCGACGCCCGGCCCUCGGCACCCCCAGUGGGACGGCAUCGUGUCAGGAGCGGUGGAGCUGGACAAGAGGAGGCCGAUUCUGGGCAGCGACUGCAGCGUCAUUAUCCAACCGCAGCUUCAUGUUGGAAACACUCAGGAGUCCAAGGUCAUUCCACCGUCACCUCACAGGACAAAGAAGAGGCAGGUGAACCGAGCGCGGGGCGAGAGAGACGCCGCUGCUCUGUCUCGCGCCCACACCGUCGGGUGCCAGUGGUUCCCGUGGGGCCGCGGCCUCGGCGCCAGGUCGGCGAGCCAGGAGUCGUGCGCGACGGGAGCGGCGACCGGGUCGCCUGCGCCUCCGGAGCCUCCGCAGCCUCCGCAGGCCCGGCCCCCGUCGGCCUGCUCUCACCACGGCCCGCCGUCCUGUCGCAUCCUGCAGGAGGCGCAGAGGUUCCAGAUCUCCCGCCACGGAAGCUUCUGCUCGGAGGACUCGUGCGCGAGCGAGCGGGCGGCUGCCGGCGGCGACGGGGCCCCGUGCUGCAGACACUCGAGCCUGCCUGUCGGGAGAUACGAGGGCGCAUUUAGUCGGUCAAGUCCACAGGAGAGCGCCAGCAAUGCACUGAGGCUGCAGCGCGUCCUGGAGGAGCUGGUGUUCACAGAAAGGGAGUACGUCCGCUCCCUUUGCUACAUCCUGACCCACUACCUCCCCCUGCUGGACAGGCCGGACGUCCCCCAGGACCUGAGGGGCAAGCGAGGCGUCAUCUUCGGCAACCUGGAGAAGCUCUACGACUUCCACAGCCACUACUUCCUGCCGGAGCUGGAGGCCUGUCAGAGGGACGCUGCCAUGGUGGCCCGCUGCUUCCUCAGACACAGCGAGAGUUUCGGUCUUUACGCGCUGUACAGCAAGAACAAACCUCAGUCCGAUGCCCUCAUCCUACAUCGUCGCCAUGACAUCUUCAAGAGAAAGCAGCAGGAGCUGGGGGACAUGAUGGACCUCUCGUCCUACCUGCUCAGGCCCAUCCAGAGGAUCAGCAAGUACAGCCUCCUGCUGCAGGACAUGUCGGCCCUGUCCGCUUCAAACGGGCCCGAUCGGACCAGCGCCGACAGGGAGCGGGCGGAGAUCCAGGCGGCCACCGACAUGGUGCGGUUCCAGAUGCGCCACGGCAACGACCUGCUGACCAUGGACGCCAUCCAGGACUGCGACGUGAAUUUAAAGGAGCAGGGCCAGCUGAUCCGCCAGGACGAGUUCUCCGUCUUCUUCAGGAAGAAGAAGUGUGUGCGCCGCGUUUUCCUGUUCGCGGAUCUGAUCCUCUUCAGCAAAACCAAAAAGACGGACGUUGGCAAUGACGUUUAUGUCUACAAACAGUCAUUCAAGACGAGCGACAUUGGGAUGACCCAUAACUCAGGCCUGAGUCCUCUGUGCUUCGAGAUCUGGUUCCGCAGGAGGAAGAGGGAGGACACCUACACCCUGAAGGCGUCCAGCAUGGAUGUGAAGAAAGCCUGGACCAGCGACCUGGAGGGGCUUCUGUGGGACCAGGCUGCUCACAGCAGAGAGCUCCGCAUUCAGGAGAGGGUCUUCAUGGGAAUGUGUCGCCAGCCCUUCAUGGACAUCCAACCCAGCGAUGCUGCGAUUUGUGACCGCGCAGUCGGCUGUGUCCUGCCUGGAAGAAUCCCUGUGGCGUGCUGUUCACACAGGGGCCUAGACUACCCACGGCCUCAUUCCAUUGGCUCGGGCAGCACCGCCUCCACCACCAUCAGCCAAUCGUCGUCCUCCUCUGGUCGCGGCUCGCUGCCCCCUGCUGGUUAUGGUGGGAACGUGUCGCAGGCGGCGGAGGCGUGUCCUGUGGUCGACAAUGAGGUCAACAGUCAUCAUCUUAAUCAGCACCACCUUCAUCAUAACUGUCAACAGUGGAAGCUUCGUCCUUUGAUGGACAGCACCGACUCAUCCGGAGAGUGCCUCAACGCCUUCAGCAGCUCUGAGCGCAGCUGCCUGUCGGCGAUCAGUGGGGAAGUAGUGGAUGACUCCUCCUCAUUUCUGUCCCAGAGCUCGAAGCCCGGCCCACGGCUUCACAGGACGCCCAGCCUGAGGACCAACGGUUCACCUGCUGUGAGCCGAAGAAAACCAGGCGUUCCCCCGAAACCUGCACAUCUGGCUAACGCUCAGAUUGACGAAAUUAUAAUUGGAAAAUCAACUGAAGUUUAGGAUUUGCUGUAGAAGACGUUUCUACACUUGGACGCAGUCACAACACGCAGAAACGAAAGAAGCAACUGAUUCUCACUAACAGCAAAAACCACUUACUGCCUAAAGGGUCCAUUAUUGGUUCGGUACUGAUCAAUGUUCCAGCUUCAUCCUCAUCAAACGUAUUUUAUGUUGGUGUAACAAUUUACUGCUUUAUAGUUUCUGUUUCUACAGUAAACAUAUAAUCAUGAGGUCAUGACUCUUUUUUAAAUCACACAAUUUCUUACCUGUACUGACUACUACUAAGUUAUUUUUUAAUUUUUUCAUACUUUUAUUCUGUUAUGUUCGUAUUAAAGAGAUAUUUUGGGUUUAAUCGUACAAUCUCAUCUACACACUACAACUACUAAGUACGGUGAUGAGUCAUCUGAAGUCUGUUCUGUUCCUUCUUUCACAGAGUUGUUCCUCAGAAACUUACUGGAAAACUUCAAUAGAAGUUUAAUAAUUAAUAGCAGUUUAAUAACCUUGUGUCAACAUUCUCCAGUAACUUUAGAAAGUGAAAAAGCAUCAAGGCUUUACUGAUUUGACUCUUUUUUAAUGUUUUAAAGUGUGUUUUUUUGCCUUUUUUAAAAUGUAAUUUAUUGUUUUUGAUUUAUUUUAAAUUGCAACCAGUUGAUGUUGAACGUGUCACAUAUGCCAUAAAUACCUUUUAAAGCUUUA